AUGGGUGCCGCAGAAAGCCGACAAGAUUUGGAAAUCUCCGACUCUGAAUCCGAGGAAGAAGAGCAACAGUCGGAGGAGGAAGAAGAAGACGAAAUUUAUGAAGAUGUUAAAGACCACCAUUCAGCCACUAAAACCCCGUCCAAGACCCCAUCGUCUGUAGACGAAAUUGAUGCUAAACUAAAAGCCCUGAAACUUAAAUACGAAUCCAAAAGCCAAAAUCUCAAGAACGCUGUUAAGCUUUACAUUCAUAUUGGUGGAAACACUAGUAAGUCGAAAUGGGUCGUCGCCGAUAAACUCACAUCCUAUUCUUUCCUUAAAACGACGAUGAACGAGGAAGAAGAGGAAGACGAAGCAGAGGGAGAUGGGGAUUUAUAUUGGUUUUUGAAAGUUGGGUCAAAAGUUAGGUCUCUGGUUGAUCAACGGUUGCAGUUGAAGCCGGUUAUGGAUAAGUUGCAGAUAUAUUUUGUUUCCAAUGGUGUUUAUGCUCUGAAGUUUUCCAGUAUCGAGGAUUACAAGGGUUUUAUUGAGCUCUAUGAGAAGUGUUUGUUUGAGAACACUUAUGGGUUUGAAUGUACCGAUCAGAAUAAGGCUAAGGUUUAUGGCAAGGAUUUUGUAGCGUGGGCGAAUCCUGAAGCUGCUGACGAUUCUAUGUGGGAGGAUGCUGAAGAUAGUUUCUCCAAAAGCCCUGCUUUUAAGACUCCGGUCAGAGCCAACCAUGAUCUCAGAGAGGAGUUUGAGGAGGCUGCAAAAGGGGGAAGUAUAAAAAGCUUGGCUUUAGGGGCCUUGGACAAUAGUUUUUUGGUAAGUGAUUCUGGUAUUCAAGUUGUUAAGAAUUUCAGUCAUGGGAUUCAUGGAAAAGGAGUUUAUGUUAAUUUUGAUAGUGGGAUGACUGGUCAUGUUGAAUCAACUCCUAGAAAAGCUCUUCUCAUGAAAGCUGAAACAAAUAUGCUGUUAAUGAGUCCAAUGACUGAUGGGAAGCCACACACCAGGGGACUCCAUCAGUUUGAUAUAGAGACAGGGAAAGUUGUAACCGAGUGGAAGUUUGCAAAAGAUGGAACUGAUAUUACAAUGCGGGAUGUCACAAAUGAUAGCAAGGGAGCUCAGAUGGACCCUUCAGGAUCUACUUUCUUGGGUUUGGAUGAUAAUAGGCUUUGUAGGUGGGAUAUGCGUGACCGCCAUGGGAUAGUUCAGAAUCUUGCUGAUGCGAAUACCCCUGUCUUGAAUUGGACACAAGGACAUCAGUUCUCCAGAGGGACUAAUUUUCAGUGUUUUGCAACUACUGGUGAUGGAUCAAUUGUUGUUGGCUCUGUUGAUGGGAAGAUAAGGUUGUACUCUGUCACUUCCAUGAGACAAGCCAAGACUGCUUUUCCAGGUCUUGGGUCACCCAUUACACAUGUGGAUGUUACUUAUGACGGGAAGUGGAUUUUGGGCACAACUGAUACUUAUUUGGUCCUUAUUUGCACAUUAUAUACUGAUAAGGAUGGGAAAUCGAAGACAGGUUUUGCUGGGCGUAUGGGAAAUAGAAUCUCAGCCCCAAGGCUGUUGAAAUUGAAUCCUCUGGAUUCACACAGGGCUGGAAUAAACAAUAAGUUUCGUGGAGCCCAAUUCUCUUGGGUAACUGAAGAUGGGAAGCAAGAGCGCCACCUUGUUGCCACAGUGGGCAAGUUCAGUGUGAUAUGGAACUUCCAACAGGUGAAGGAUGGUACUCAUGAAUGCUAUAGGAAUCAGGUGGGUCUGAAGAGUUGCUACUGCUACAAGAUAGUCCCUAAAGACGAUUCAAUUGUUGAUAGUCGUUUCAUGCAUGAGAAGUUUGCAGUUAGUGAUUCCCCUGAGGCUCCACUGGUUGUGGCUACUCCCAUGAAAGUUAGCUCUUUCAGCAUAUCUAGCAGACUUUCUUACGCUUAAGAAAUGAUCCUUGUCGACCUUUGAACCUUCUUAGAUUCUGUUUCUGUGAUUUGUGUCCGAAAAAGGAACUUUCUUCCUUGUACUGUCAUUAUCAACAACUCGACGUACUUUUCUUGUUAGCAACUAGAUUGUUGUAAUGGUUAAGGAGAACCUUUAGUGCUUGAUUUUCGUUUAAGGUUAAUCAAAAUCGUUGCU